ACGGUGUCCUACACAAGCGCUGCAACGAUUGCUGAGCAAGGCGCGGCCUCCUCGACGGAAGCAGGCGUGGAGCCGGACGCCGAUGCAGAAUUUUCAUGCCCACUGGGUCAGCAGGAACCCAUGCUGUUAUUUGACAGUCUUCAGGUACCGUCGGAGCAGUGGACCAAGCACAGGUUUCCUGGACACGACGGUGUCGUGUACUGCACGUCUGUGUUGACAUCAAGAAAUGAGGUGUGCUCAGAAAAAGUGGUAAUGUUCUUUCAGUCACAGACGCACAGUUACUACAAAGUGUUUGUGAGAGGAAUUCUGCUAAAAGAAAGCACAAUGCAAACAAGCGGGGAAGCAGAAGAUGUGCUGAGAGCAACUGAUUCCAUGAGUGUUUGCACUGGAGUAAUGCGACUUGAAGAUUAUGAAGAAAGGUAUUUUACGAAGAACCUUAAAUCCCACGUAGUGACCCUCGAGCAAAUGUACUUCAGCAGCAAUUGCCUGGGUCAGGUCGCUGAAAGAGGUACGCAGUGUGUGUCUUGCCGCUACUUGAAACGAGCACUGCAGAUCAGACGAGCGAGGGUCAAAAGAACUGAUAAAAAGAGCGGCCGAUCUGUUGUGCUUAAACUGCGAGCUGCAGCGAGAAGAAACAAGAGGCUAGUUGUUCGCCUAGGAGAUGUGAAAAAUGAACUUGCUAAAAUGAGAGGGAAAAAUGCUGCCAUUCAAGCAGAAGCAUUAGAAGCACAGAUCUCAAAACUGCCCCCCAGACAGCAGGAAGCUGUUCGACAGUGCUUCGCAGCUUCAAAAGUGAAACCUAAUGGUCUACGCUACACGAAAAUGUGGGUCCUGGACUGCAUAAUAAUGAAGAUGAAAAGUCCUCGUCUGUAUGAGCAUCUUCGCCGUAAUAGCAUUCUUUCCCUACCGUGCAAAUCAACCCUCAAGCGCUAUGUAUCUGCAUAUCGCACUGUGUUUGGCUUCAGCGACAAAGUUCUGAGGCAGCUAAAAGUGAAGUCAGCUGAGCUUGAUGCCUGGAAAAAACAUGGUAGAUUAGUUAUAGACGAGCUAAAGCUGUCGGAACACUUUGCAGUUAAAACGGAAAAUGGAGCCAGGUAA